AUGAACGUACUUGAGAUAUCAACAAAAACAGAAUUUCACUCAGUUCAAUUUCGUUCGUUUGACCUUUUUCAGUCUCAUAAUUUUGUGUUGCAGGCAAUUGACCACGGAAUGAAAGCGAAGUCAUAUUUCCUCGUAACACCUGGGUCAGAACAGGUGCGAGCAACAAUCGAGAGAGAUGGCCUUACGAAGAUCUUCCAAGAUUUUGGAGGAGACGUACUUGCGAACGCCUGUGGACCUUGCAUUGGACAAUGGGAUCGUCAAGAUAUCCAGAUGGGAGAAAAGAAUACGAUAGUAACGUCGUAUAAUCGGAACUUCACGGGUAGAAAUGAUGCUAAUCCAGCAACUCACGGAUUCGUUACCUCACCAGAUAUUGUCACUGCAAUGGCUAUCGCCGGAACACUUGAUUUCGACCCUCGAAAGGACAAAAUUACUGCUCCUGACGGAACUAAAUUUACACUAAAGCCACCAAGUGGAGUAGCUCUCCCUGCUAAGGGAUACGAUCCUGGUGAGGAUACUUAUCAGGCUCCAUCCGGGACAGGAGAAGUAGAAGUCGAUCCUAGUUCCCAACGUCUCCAACUUCUACAACCGUUCAGCAAAUGGGAUGGCAAAGAUCUAGAAGAUAUGGUUAUUUUGAUCAAGGUCAAAGGAAAGUGCACAACUGAUCACAUUUCUGCUGCUGGACCAUGGCUUAAAUACAGAGGUCAUCUAGAUAAUAUCUCCAAUAAUCUUUUCCUCACUGCCACGAAUGCUGAAAAUGGCGAGAUGAACAAGGUUCGCAAUCAGCUUACCGACCAGUUUGGUACAGUUCCCGAGACAGCACGAUACUACAAGUCCAAAGGAGUCAACUGGGUGGCUGUUGGUGAUGAGAACUACGGCGAAGGAUCAAGUCGUGAACAUGCUGCUCUUGAGCCUCGU